GUUGUGAUCUCGUUUGCAAAGAUCAUUCUCAUAUCGAUACGACCAGGGAUCGAGACUCUCGGGAGGAUGCCCGGGACGGAUAUAUUUGCCGAUACAGAUCAGUAUCCUAUGGCGGUUAAGACUCCUGGUGUGUUGAUUGUUCGCGUUAAAUCCGCGUUAUUGUGCUUUGCCAAUGCUAAUUUCAUAAGAGAAAGGAUUGUGAGAUGGGUGAAUGAGGAAUUAGAAGAAGAAGGGGGAGGAGAAGAAGACAAGAAGGGCAAUAUGCAAAAGAACAUUCUCCUCGUAGCUCUUGACAUGUCAA